UCCCCCCCCUCUCUCUCUCUCUCCUGCCAUCAUAUCAUCCCGGCCUCUCCCUCCCGCUCCAUCCCUCCCAUUCCCAUCCCCUCCGAUUGCCCCUGCGCUCGCCAUGGAGGCCGCCGCGUCCACGCUGCUCCUCUCCGCCGACUCGCCCCUCGCCAACGGCCGCCUCCUCCUCCUCGCCCCUUCUCGGCCCGCGCGGGCACGGCGGGGCGCCGCGCCCAACAGGUGCCGCUGGGCGUCCGUCCGCGCGUACGCCGCGCCGGCCAUGCCAGCGCCGGCCUCUGGAAACGGCCUCGUCCCGAAUAACAACGGAGUGUACACUGUUGGAGACUUCAUGACGAAAAAGGAGGAUCUCCAUGUCGUCAAGCCGUCAACCCCGGUUGAUGAAGCGCUCGAGAUGCUGGUGCAGAACAGGAUCUCUGGUUUCCCUGUUAUCGAUGACGACUGGAAGUUGGUUGGCGUUGUCUCAGAUUAUGAUCUAUUAGCUUUGGACUCAAUGGCAGGAUGUGGACUGGCCGAUACAAAUUCAAGCAUGUUCCCUGAAGUAGAUAGCACUUGGAAGACAUUUCGCGAGAUCCAGAGACUCUUGAGCAAAACCAGUGGCAAAGUUAUCGGUGAUGUUAUGACUCCCUCGCCUCUUGUGGUGCGUGAAACUACUAACCUCGACGCUGCUGCAAGGUUGCUGCUUGAAACCAAAUACCACAGAUUGCCUGUUGUUGAUAGCACGGGAAAAUUGGUUGGGAUGAUCACAAGGGGGAAUGUCGUCAGAGCUGCUCUCAAAAUAAAGAAGAAAGCUGAAGGUGCUUAAAUUUGAUGGUUCUUUGUAAGGACACCACUGGGGUUGAACCUGCGGGGCAAUUCGACAAUUCAGCUGAAUUGAAAUAUUGUCUGGUAGCGCAGAAGCAGAUUUUCCCUGGAGCAUAGAUGGACAUAAUGUUGUUUACAAUGUAAUAUAAGUAGUGUACUGUUGCAGAGAAAUGGAAUAUAGGUAUCGCGUGACGACGAUUACAAUUCAUUUGAGGUCAGCAUACUCAGCUGUCUCUCCAUAUUAGGUAGUAGUAGCAUGGUAUAUGGAGGUUAAUAUUCUUUUCUCGAUGGCUUGUACGAGCCUCGAGCAUAUUAAAGUGAUUUAUAUAGUGCAUUCAACGCUUUGAUA